AUGGCGGCUGCGGCACCGGUCCUCAAUCUAAUCAACAAGCGCCUCUGGGAGCUGCGGAAGAAGCUCAAGCGCAUCUCGCAUAUGGAUGAGUCUCACGCCCAGGGCAAAACUCUCAACAAGGAGCAGGAGGAAACCCUCCGGUCCAAACCCUACGUCGUCGCCGGCAUCGACGAGCUCGAGAAGAUCCGGCAGCCGCUCCUCAGCGCCGUUGAUCAGGAAAUCGAGCUCACUCCGAUGAGGGCCAACGAUAACAUGCUGACGAGGACGCACGAAAGGAAUUGCUGCUUGACGUCUGAUUACGUCAUAGACGACGAUGCUGCUGGAGAUCCUCUGAAAGAGUGGGAUUUGGAUGUGAUUGCGACGGUCGCCGGUUUAUUGAUCUCACGACCGGUGAACUUGUCCUUGUCGCACAAGCACUCUUUGGAAUGA